AUGGAUAAAUUUGAUUAUUAUCAUAAAAAAAAACAAAAAAAUAAUAACAUAAAACAAGUUGAAAAGAUUUCUCAAUGCAUUGAUUUUAUUGGAGAUAUUGGGUUAGGUACAUUUGUUGAUCCGGUAACUUUUGCAGUUGAGAAACAAUUCACAGAAUGUUAUAUUAGGAUUGACCAUAAUAUUUUUGAUAUUCAUACAAUGGAAUAUGUUUAUAGAUUCUUAAUUUCUUCUCUUCAUAGAAUCAUCAUUUCUCCAAAUGAUAAAAAUUCAUUUAUCCUCAUUAUCAAAGACCCAUUACACAUUCAUAUCCCAUCAUCGUCAUUUCAAGAAACUCAAAUUUUAGAUUUUACACCAACAAAGUUAAUAAACAGAUGUCACUCUAUUUAUUUCUCAUUACCAGAAUAUAGUGAUAAAGUUAUUCAAAUUCUUCAAAAUAAUAAACAAGGAAUAACUCAUUUUGAACGCUUAACAAUUAAUAUUCCUUACAUUGUUGACUCUAGUAUUGACCUUCAACCAAAAAUUAUUAUUGAAUACCCAAGCCAACAAGAAACAGCAGUACUUUUUCAAUUAGAAGGAUUAUAUCUUCAAGGGAUUAUCAUUCCAUCACAGAUUACAAAGGAGAUUAUUAAAUCUCUUUGUCAAUUUACAAAAGAUGUUUUAUUAUUCUUUAAAAAACAAGCAACAAUGAAAGCACAAAGUAUGGAUUAUUUAAGGGUGUUUUCACUUGAACAAGUUAUUGAAAAAUGUCAAAUUGAUUAUAAUGGAACAACAAAGAAAUGGAAAGAUGAAGAACUAGUACUAAAAAUGGAAGUUAAUUCUUCUCUUAUUCGACUUGGUUAUGGAUAUAAUGAAAGUAAUGCAAUCCUUGAAGAUUUUUCACCAGAAUUUAGAGUUAAAAUGCUUAGAAUGAAAUUUUUAAAUAAUGAAAAAAGAAUGCAAGUUAUGGAACGAUUAGAGACAGAUUUAAUGUGUUUUUAUAUGAUCAAAGGGUAUAAAUCCUUCUUCCAAAAAAGGUAUUUUCAAUUUCUUCUUUCAAACCCAUCUCAAAGUAGGUCUGGUGCGUGUUGGUUUAUUGACAAUCAAGACGGCAAAACAACUAUGGCUGCAUAUCAAAGUCUUGGUAUUGAUCUAAAAAGCCCAAAAAUUAAGAAUGCAGGUAUUUUAUUAAUGAGAACAGGGUUAUUUGGAUCAGAUUCUAUUGCAACAGUAGGUAUUUAUCCACAACAGAUCAAAGUUAUUGACGAUAUAACAAAUGAGAGUGGAUAUACAUUUUCAGAUGGUGUAGGUAGAAUUGGGUAUCCAUUAGCAAAAAAAGUUUUAAAUGAGUAUAAACGAAAUAGUAAUCUUUUUAUUAAAUCUGAUGAGCCAUAUGCAUUUCAAAUUCGUUUUGCUGGGGUAAAAGGAGUAUUAACUGUUGAUAGACUUGAUAUGACAGAGACUAUUUAUUUUAGACCAUCUCAAAUUAAAAUUGAAGCUCUUCCUAAAACUAUUCAAAAAUUAAGAGUUAUUCAAAUUCCACAAUUUCGGUCUGGUAGAAUGAAUGAACAAUUAGCACUUGGUUUAGAAUAUCUUCAAAUUCCUCCAAGUAAUUUUAUUUCUUCAGCAAAACAAUAUUUAAAAAAAUAUUUUAGUGUAACACCAAAUAGAGAAAUUAUUUCAUUAUUUCAAAGAUUUACAAAUAAUCCUGUUAUUGAAGUUGCUUUAAAAAUGAUAAUGGCAAGUAAUGGUAAUCAAAAAAUAUAUGAAGAACCUUUUAUUAGAGCAACUUCAUUAGUUUUAAGAAUGUCUUUACUUAGUGAAAAAACAGAUUUUAUUAAAUUUGAUAUAGAUAACAGUGCUUUUCUAAUGGGAGUAAUGGAUGAAUCUGGGUUAUUAGAAGAAGGAGAAGUAUUUAUUCAAGUGACCUCACCAACCAUAACAAUUCCAUCAUCAAGACUAUUAGUAGUUAAAUUCCCAGCAACACACCCAGGAGAUUUUGUUUUAUUAAACAAUGUUGUAGAUAAAAUAAAUUUAGAAAAAAAGAAAGGAUAUGAAAGAUUAACUUAUUUAAGAGAUGUGAUUGUAUUCUCAUCAAAAGGAAAUCGUCCAGAUCCAAAUAAAUUAUCAGGUGGAGAUUUAGAUGGUGAUGAAUAUCUUAUAAUUUGGAAUCCUUUAUUUUUACCAAAACCAGAAAUAAAUUCUCAUCCACCUGCAAUAUAUGAUUCAGAAAAAGUACAUCUUGAAAAAUUUUUAGAAUUUACUGAUAUGAAAAGAGCCUUUUUAUCACAACUAUAUUCUAAAUUUGUUUUAUCAAGGAUUUCUGUUUCUCAUAAAGAGUCUUGUAUGAAUAUUGGAAUGUGUGCUGAAGUUACUAAAUCUCUUUCACAACUCAUUUCUAUAACUGUUGAUGCUCCAAAAACAGGAGCUGAAGUUGAUGGAGGUGAAAUAAAUGAAUUAGUAGAACAAGUAUCAAAAAUAAAUAGUUCAAAUAAAUCAAUAUUAUUAGUAUUAAAAUCAUUUUUCAAUGAACAAAUUCCAAUUAUUAUGGAUACUUUUUAUACUGAACUAAUUGAAUUAGUAAAUACUAUUCAUUAUAAUAGUGAAUUUGUAUCAAAUUCUAUUCUUUCUGAUGUUAUUCCAUUUGCUCGAAAAACGAGAAAUGAAUUUAAUAAUGAAAUUAAUUGGUUUUUAAAGAAAUCAGUACCACAACGAAUUCUUAGAGGUUCUGAACCAUUACAAUUAAUUAUUGGAGGAAUUUUUAAAAAAGGAAAUGUUGAUCGUUUAGAAUGGGAAAAAGAAGAAAAAGAAAUUAAUCAAACAUUACUUGUAAUUUAUUCUAAUUACAGAAAAAAAGUAGAACAAGAAGCUGGAAGAAGAAAGAUUCCAUUAAGAAGACUCUGUGAUGCAUGUUAUCAAGUUACUUAUGAUAAAAAGUAUUAUACUAAUAAUGAACUUUUAGACUGUGGAAAAAAUAAAGUAGUUUGUUUAUUAUUUCCAUGGAUUAUACGCCCUCAACAAAAUAUUAUGUUUAUUCAUUCAACAAUGAUUAAAUCACUACCAAAUAUUCAAUUGUCAAAAAUAAAAUUAAAACAAAUUAAAUAA